UCCAUAAAUGUUAAGGAUGUGAGAGCUGUAUGCAAAACCAGGAUCAUUGAGUAUAUACCGGGAAAUCACCAAGAAAUGAGUCUAAUUUACAAUCAUUUAAAUGAAUGUGAAAAAUUUGCUUUUAGCUUCGAUAGUCGAUUUCUGAACUGGAAAAACUGCUCCGAUUUAUGCGUGAUAUUGAAAAUAAAUGAUCGUCUUGGAGGACGUCGUCGUGAAGGCUAUCUGCGCGGUUGUAUGUCUGAUAUCAUCCACUAUAAUCAAACACUGGCUGUAUUAGGUGUUACAAAUACGUGUGCUAUUGUAGGUUUGCGCGACUUAUUUGUAUCCAACGAAAGGCAUUUGUUCGAGAGUACCGAUCGAGUACAAUUAUGUGCGUGUCACAAAGACUUCUGUAACUCAUCGCCUUCUAUAAUAUCCAUUCACUUUUUAGUGUUUUUGGUCAUUGUUUUGAUUGAAUUUUCAUGA